GCGAAAACUAAAAAGUCUUAAAUACACAUUAAAUGAAGGUUUAAAAUGCAAAUUUGACUACGARGUAUUUCGCGGCUUGCUGGCGUGACAAUCCCAGUCACACAUACGUGUAAACGUUGCGAAGUGGCACUUGCGUGAGUCAAAUUCGAAAUAAUAAUAAAGGAAAAACAUUGAAUAUUAACURAAAGGCAAAACCGCACGUUCACUAAACAAAUUCCUGCCGGAAAUAAAAAUUAUCUUAGAAAUUUGUAUGUGCAUAAAUUAAUUUGAAACGUGUAAAAGUGACAAGCGCUGAAGUGACACAAGAGCCGGCAUAUUGAUACACGUCAAUGAAAUAUACACGCACAAACACACUUAUGAAGGCAAGCGCGUAUACAACUCAAUUUGAAUUUGUAGCGUGUUUGUGAUGUCGAUUGACAGCUGUUACUGUAAAUUGCAUUAACUGUUUACCAAGAGUGAAUAUAAAUAAAUAAAAGAGAAAUUACAAGCGCAACAAACAACAAAAACAAACAAGUGCUAAAUGUAAACGAAAUAACUGGAAAAUAAAGCAUUCAUCUGAAUCACGCCCACAGCUGGAAAGCAGGCGCCACCAAUAGCCGAAAAGCAACAAGUACGGAAACGAUUUUUCGUAUUUGUCGAACGUAUUUUAAAAAUAAGAGCCGAACAACAACUURAACAACCAACCCACCUAAAAUCCCACAAAAGCGUAACUUAGGCUGAAACCUAUACCCAACAAACAAUCUCCACUUAUUCGACGAAAACCUUACACAUUCUUACCACAAACACCAAUCAGCAAACUCCCAGCAAAGCACCAGCAAAAUGUGGCCGUCUAACUGUCAGCGGCGCACACUGCUCGCCAUCACGCUCGUCUGCUUUGCCUGCCUCAUUGCGCCCGCAGCGUCCCGCUCCCGUGACAAAGAAGGGCGUCGCCGCAGCGAUCGCCUCUCAGCCGCCUCUUCCACCUCCGCCUCGUCCACCUACUACGCCAGCAGCGGCAGCGUGAACAGCAACUAUGCGAGCAUACCUUCCUCGGCUACCAGCUCGUAUACGGGUCCCAUGGACACGACCGGCUUUUGUGUGCGUCGUCGCGAYAUGAAGCUCAUGUGCUACUGCACACCGGACGAGAAUCACGUGCCCGUGCUGAAGGCGGAGUGUUGGGUAUUCUCCGAUAUCUUGCCACAGAAUGAUACAACCUGGACGCGUUUCUUUCAGCAGAAGCGUUUGCGUGAAUUGAAAUUUGUCAUACAAAAUCAUGGUCGCUUGGAUUAUAUACCAACGCUAGUGUUUGAAUCGUUAAAGAAUUUGACCACCAUUAUUAUUGAGUACUCACAGGUGGAUGUGGUGAAGAGCAAUGCUUUUGCCAAUCUACCAUAUUUGGAGCGCAUCAUCYUGACCAAUAAUCAUAUAGCGGCUUUGGCCCAGGACGCAUUCGCUAAUCACAUACGCUUACGUGAGCUGAAUUUGGAACAUAACCAGAUAUUUGAGAUCGAUCGUCACGCUUUUCACAAUCUACCACAAUGCGAGAAACUUUUCUUAAAUAACAACAAUAUCUCUAACUUGCAUGACAGCCUCUUUGUGGAGAUGCCACAUUUGGURUACUUGGAUUUGGCGCAUAAUCAGAUAUCGGUGCUGACCAGCGACAUAUUCAAAGGUCUGGGUAAUUUGAAUGUGCUGAAGCUGUCGAAUAACAACAUCAAUUUCAUCGGUGAUACUGUGUUUGCUGAGUUGUGGAUCUUGUCGGAAUUGGAGUUGGACGACAACAAGAUUGAGCGCAUUUCGGAACGCGCUCUCGACGGCUUGAAUACGCUAAAAACGCUGAAUCUUCGCAAUAACAAACUGAAGAAACUCGAUAAUGGACUACUACGUGGCACACCCGCACUCCUCAAUAUCAACGUGCAGAGCAACGAGUUGGAGACUUUGACAUUUUAUACAUUCCAGCCAAUUAUGGAUAAUUUGGUCAACAGCACAAGUGAACUGCUGCUGUCAGAUAAUAACUUCGUUUGCGACUGUCGUCUUCAAUGGCUUUUUGAGCUCAAAAAUCGUACGCGCUACACAGCAUUGCGUGAGGCACUCGAGACUUUCGUCUGCACACUGCAUGAUCCGAAAAUUUCCAACUUUGUUGAGCCCGUACCAAAUCACAUUUUAGAUCUGCUCAACAUUGGCAGCAGUUACAAUGGCGCCAACAGCGCCGAACUACAUCUCGUUGGCAACAAUAGCGGCCGCAAGCGCUUCUCCAAGUCACGACAAAAUGGCGGCACACAGCGCGGUGGCGGCGGCAACGGACAACGUCUAGGACAAAUGCAGCUAAACGCCGAUGAGAAUGUUGAUGUGAUCGAUGCCGUCGCUGUUGCACUGACACCCGAGCGCACUGAACACGUGCUGUCGCUAAGCAAGCGCUCGUUAGCCGACGGUGGUGAGCUCACUGUUGUCGCCAGCAGUCAGCCGGAAGUGUACAAUGACGCACUGUUGGCUGCCUCAGGUAUACCAGACGUCGCCACCGCUAAUAUUGUUGGUGAGAAGAAGAAGAAAUCCGUAUUACCCGCAAAACUAAGAGAUGACUACUACGACGAAGCAGCUGGUUUAGGUGGAAGCGCUGCUGCGCCGCAUGGCCUGCUGCUGGCACAACAAAUCGAACUGGGCGAAGGCUUGGAUGCGCUCAAACAGAAUGCUUUGUACAAUCAGCAAACUAACGAUGUGAUUGGCAUGACCAAUACAAUCAACGAGCAUGGCGCUAGCAAGCCACAGCCGCUGGGCAUCAAGGUGUGUCUGUUCUUGUUGAAACCCGAGCGUCUGCCGUGUCACGACGAGCUCAGCGAUCCGACAGAGUUGCCAUUGUCGCGCGAUCUCAUGGAUGUGCGCAGCAAUCAGGCGCAGAGCAACAUGUCUUCGGCCGGUAACGCUCUGUCAAUGGCCACAACGACCCUGGUGGGYGUGGCGGCGAUAAUGUUGCGCUUCAGCAGCAGACGACGUAUCGGUUAAACAGCAAUGAAAGCACGCGGGUAUAAUGGGUAACAGUAAUUCUAUUAAAAUAUGUGUCUGCGUUUAAGAAUACUGCGAAAAUAUUUGUGUGUAGACAAUUGCCAAUAUGGGAAAUACAGUGGUAAUUUGCAACAAUAAUUUGUAAACUAAUUAUUUAUUUAAUAAUUUUUCUUUUACUGUUUUGAAGCGAAUUGAAAAAUUCUAAUUAAAAUUUUGGUAACGAUUUUUAGGUGYUUUUGUAUUUACAAAUAAUUUGUAAUAAUACACACACACAUACUUAGAUACACGUGUCAGCGUAUUUAAAGUGAAAUGAUCUCUUGCGUGCGCCAACGCAUUUGAAAGCCUAAACACAGAACUUUUAGCGAACACUGUACAUAUUAAAAAACCAUUAAACACAAGCGAAAAAUCUUAAAAUGGAAAAAAUUACAAAAAAAAAAAAAAAAAAAAACAUUUUAAUGCCUACUUGAACAGCUCCUGGCGGCCAGCUUAAGCAAACUGGCAUAAAACUGGGCGUACAUAAUUUGUAGUUAGCUUAUGAUUGUAUAUAACAAUAAAAAUAAAAAUGAAACAAAAUAAAGCAAGAAAAAUAAUAUUUAAUGAAUAAACGAAACGAAGCUGUAAUGUUCAUAAACAAAAUAUUAUUAA